ACCCGUGAUGACCAGAUGUUACUGUUUUCUUCUCUUUUCUUUUCUUUUUUUUUUUUUUUUUUUUUUUGAGCUGAAACGAGGUGAUAGUGUUGGCUGAAUAUAAAUAGGCUAAAUUCAAAGGCUUGGAAGCGAUAAAGCUCGGAGCUCGGAGCUCGGAGCAGAUCUGCUGGACUGUCGAGGCCCGGCGAGAUUCACGCCGGCGAAUAUUUCCGGUGAGGCUGAGCCAUCAAUUUUGGCGAUCGACGAUGACCAGUCAUCACUGGAGAGCUAAUAAUAGUCACAAACGCAGCAGGAACGGUCCGGAGAUGAAGGAGAAAGCGAAGAAGACAACGAAAUUCGAACGACGACUAGUGAGGUACCAGGAGUUGCCGGAAUUCUUAAGAGAUAACGAAUACAUAUUGGACUAUUACCGUUCGGAAUGGCCCGUGAAGGACGCCUUGUGGAGCGUCUUCUCAUGGCACAACGAAACCCUAAACAUAUGGACGCAUUUAGCGGGAUUUCUGAUAUUCGCGGCGUUUGCUCUGGUGAGCACUAUGAAGACGAUGCAGCUGGAGCUCGGAGAUUUCGCUUCAAAUUUGAGCAGAGCUGCGGCGGGGGGCGUGCUGAUGACGACGGAGGUGAUCAACGGCUCUGGUAGUGGUGGCACCCGAUUCUCGGAUUCCCAUUUAAGACAAAUUUCGGAAUCAUCAAUCCUUCACGGGCUAAGAGAAUAUGGAGCAGAACCAAUCCCAACAUGGCCAUGGUUUGUAUUCUUAGCUGGUGGCAUGGGCUGCUUGGCUUGCAGUUCUCUUUCCCAUCUUCUAGCCUGUCACUCCAAACGCUUCAACCUCUUCUUCUGGCGUCUGGAUUACGCAGGCAUCGCCAUCAUGAUAGUCUCCUCCUUUGUGGCUCCCAUCUACUACGCCUUCCUCUGCAACCCUUUAGCAAGCCAAAUCUAUCUAACCUCAAUCUCUGUUCUUGGAAUCCUAGUCAUCAUCACUCUUCUUUCUCCUCCUCUUUCUGCUCCUCAAUUCAGACCCUUAAGGGCCAUCUUGUUCCUCUCAAUGGGCUUUUCAGGUGUGAUUCCAGCAGCUCAUGCUCUUGUCCUCCAUUGGGGCCAUCCUCAUAUAUUAGUGGCACUUGGUUAUGAGCUUGCCAUGGCUCUCCUAUAUGCCACAGGAGCUUGGUUUUAUGUUAGUAGAUUCCCAGAAAGAUGGAAGCCUGGGGCUUUUGAUCUUGCAGGACACAGCCAUCAGAUCUUUCAUGUGUUUGUUGUUCUUGGGGCACUUUGUCACUGUAUUGCCACUGUGGUGAUUAUGGAUUUUCGAAGGGCUUUACCAUCCUGUGGGGUUUAUAAUUAAUUAGAACAUGCCACUCACUACAAUUAGCUGAUUGAGAAGUGUGAUUUUGGGGAAGGGUUAGCUAGCUAGCACCAUAUUGUGUGUUAUUCAUUCAUAGUGUGAUUUGAAAGUGAGGUCUUUUUGAUAUAGGAGGAAUGGUUACUUCUGGUAAUCUGAGGUGAUAUAUAUUGUAGUUAUUGUAAUGAGUGACUCAGAACCAUAAAUGAUUUAUUCCACUUUUACUGAUGCUGGUGUGGAAAA